AUGGGGUUUAGCACUGUUUUGUGUUUGGUUGGUUCGUUGGUUUUCCCAAACCCAGAGAACGAGCAAAGAAAAACUAGCACACGCGUAUAUAGAAUCAAAUCAUUCAAUCGGCAGAUUGUGGGUGAUUUCAACCAUUACACCGCGGAUUAUGGAUUCAGUGGCUAUCGAGUCCCGGUUAUUCCUAGAGCACCUAGAUCAGUUAGGAGGAGAAGCCCACAAAAAAAAUUGGUGGAAGACAGCACAAUUUCUGCAUUUGAAUUACUUGCAGCUGUAGCUGGCAAGUUGUUACAGGAGAGUGAAAGCUCCACUUCAAGUAAUGCAGCUGAAGCGAAAGUGCAUCCUGGCUUCCGAGAUGGUAAAAAGACGAGUCUACCUGAAAAUGAUAAAGCCCUGAAAUUGAAGUACUUUGACCAGGGAAGUUGUGCAGAGAGUGCAUUUUUUCCAGAAAUUUCUGUUCAAGAUCGCAAUAUUUUAUCAAUUGUCAAGGAACUUCCACGAGCAGAAAAUGAUUCUAUCUUGGAUCGCACUUCUGCACUUGUGAGUUGCGAUUUGCCAACAAAAGUUGAUUAUGAUAUGAAGUUGGAAAUGUGUAAGGACAAAAGUUCUGAUGGAACCUUCCCUUGUAAAGUAGAUGGAGGCUCCAAUGAUGUUGGUGAUAUUUAUGAUCCUAAGAUGGACAAUGGACCAGAAAAACAGUUAGUGGAUGAAAGAGAGCAGGUAGGUGACUUAACCAUGGCUAACAAAUCCAGUGUAAAGGAUCCAAUCAAGGAAUGUGUGAAUAAUAAUGUACUGAUUAACUCAGAAAGUAGUGUACAGCUGUCCUUGUGUAGGGACCCUAUUCCUGGUGCUCUGUUUCAAAAGCGCAGGAAUGAUGUAAAGUUAGGUAUUAGGGAUGAUGACGAAAAUUCUUUUGGGUGCAAUAAACCUUGCACCAAGAUAAGGCCCUUUAGGCUACAACUGUGCAACGGAUACCGUAGAACAAGGAAGAUGCUGACAUCAAAAUACAGGAAAGUAGCUCCAAAAAUCAAAGAUCGUGAAUUUUAUAACUACAGUGAGGGAAUGAAGUCCUUUUACCGAUACAGGAAAAACAUUUACAAAAGAGAAAGAUUUCACUGGGUCCCAAUUAAGAAAAGGAAAUUGUUUGAUCACAGCUUUGAAGUUGCAUAUGAUCAAGAGGCGAGCAGCGAAAGUGUCUCUAAUUUACCUGAAAAGGAGAUGAGGGGAGAUAAGAGUAGCUCAGCUUCAAUCUUUCACAAAGAAAGUGGAUUAUCAGCUUCAGUGAAAGCUCGUCAAAAAUCAAAGGACUCUAAGGUGAAAUUUAGCAUCAAGUCAUUCAGGGUGCCAGAACUUUACAUUGAGGUUCCUGAAACUGCUACAGUUGGUUCUCUGAAGAGGAUGGUCAUGGAGGCAGUUACUGCUAUUCUUGGAAGUGGACUACAAGUUGGGGUAGUUCUUCAAGGGAAGAAAGUUAGAGAUGACAACAGAACUCUUCAGCAGGCUGGUAUUUCUCAAAGUAGCAACCUUGAUUCACUUGGUUUCGCCUUGGAGCCAAGUUUUGCACAUGUUUCCGGACAGAGGACUCCAAAAGAUCUUCCUCUGGUAUUACGAUGUGAUGCAGAUCUACUAUCAUCCAGGUCUACAGCCAGUCAAAUUUUUGAUUCUGGCGUUUCCAAUGCCUCACUUGAUCCUCCUCUAGUUAUGAAGUUGGACAAUGAUAACAGCCAGGAAUUAAUACCCUCCCCAAAGACCCCUAUCGAUUCAUUGAAAGAUGGAGCGUUGCCCGACUCCAAGGCCUUGAUUCCAGUUCCUCCAAUGAAUAUAGAGACACUUGCAGUGGUUCCUUUUAACUCAAAACGUAAAUGUAAUGAACUUUCUCAGCGUAGGACUAGGAGACCUUUCUCUGUGACAGAAGUGGAAGCACUGGUUGAAGCAGUAGAAAAACUGGGAACUGGAAGGUGGCGCAAUGUUAAAAUGCGCGCAUUUGAGGAUGCAGAUCAUAGAACUUAUGUGGACUUGAAGGAUAAAUGGAAGACUCUAGUUCAUACUGCAAGCAUAGCCCCUCAGCAACGAAGGGGAGAGCCUGUGCCACAGGAGUUGUUGGAUAGAGUCCUAGCCGCCCAUGGGUAUUGGUCGCAGCAUCAACCAAAACACGGAAAGCAUAAAGACGAACCUCUGCAAAUCACCGAUUCUCCAAUGGAGAUGGUAGGAGCUUGA